AUGUGCAACCACCUGGGGGGAAACAAUAAUGGUAACAAUAACGCUCCUGUUACUAUCCUUGAUUGGCUUGAGCGCUUCAGAAAGGAAAAGGCAAAAUCGUUUAGUGCCGCUUCUACACUAGUUGAGGCGGAAAACUGGAUUGCUCAUAUCGAGAAGUUGUUUGAAGUGAUGGGCGUGGGUGAUGAGUUCAAAGUUAGGCUUGCUAGUUAUAAACUGGAGGACGAUGCUCAUAGGUGGUGGAAGACCUUGAAAGAAGCUCGUGGAGGAGAUCAGUAUGCAGCAACACUUCCUUGGGCUGAAUUUCGCACUUUGUUUUAUCAGCCGUACUUCACUGACACUGAUAGAAGUGAGUAUCUGAGAGAGUAUGCUUCUAUCAGGCAGGGUACACCACAACAGCAGACUGACAAUUUCAUAUGGGCUAUAUGUGAUCGAGAUAGGAAGUUCAUCCUGAACCUUCGUUUCACUGAUAUUACUGAGGUAGUUGAUGCUGUCAAGAAUUUGGAUAAUGAGAAGAAGCAACAAGAGAAGAAAUCAGAUGGCAAUCGCAAACGGUCUAGGGAAAGCGACCAAAAUAAUUCUGACAAUCGGGGUGGCAAUGAUCAGUCCCAAGACCGAAGGGAUCGUUCUGACAUGUACUACAACAAUAAGUCGCGAUAUAAAAGAAAUCAAUAUCAGAAUCACAGAUGUGGAGAUUCAAACCACUUGAUUAAGGAUUGCACUCGGCCUGAGCAGCGAGCUAAUACUGGUGGAAACACCAAAACUACUGGUGGAGGUCGAGUUUUCUCACUCACAACUAAGGAUGCAGCUAAUGCCUCAGGUACGCUUUUCGGUUAUGUGCAUAUUGGUGAACGUGAUAUGUAUGCUCUUUUUGAUACUGGUGCGACACAUUCAGUGGUAUCACUUUUGUUUUCUAAGUAUUUGAAGUCUAUGCCUACUGCUUUAGAGUACCCCCUAGUUAUAUCUACUCCUUUGAGAGAUGCUACUGUUAUAUCUCAUGUUUAUAGAGAUUGUCUGAUUCGAAUUGAUUCUAUCAUCCGUACAGCAGACUUGUAUCCUAUUCACAUGAGUGAUUUUGAUGUUAUUCUUGGUAUGGACUGGCUAUCGCACCAUAGUGUUUCAAUCGAUUGUCAGAAUCGCCGCGUUCUGUUUGGGGAUCGUCAAUGCCCUGCACUUAUUUUUCAUGGGACUCGGCCUCGCAAAUCUCUGAAGAUUAUCUCUGCACUGAAGGCUCAGAAGUUUCUAUAUCAUGUCUGCGAUUUUCCUGAUGUCUUUCCUAAGGAGUUGCCUGGACUCCCACCAGAUCGUGAGGUGGAGUUCACAAUUGAUCUUAUUCCUGGUGCUGAACUGAUUUCUAAGGCCCUGUAUCGUAUGGCACCUCUAGAGCUCAAAGAGCUCAAAGAACAGCUACAAGAGUUGUUGGAACUUGGUUUCAUCAGACCAAGCAUCUCACCUUGGGGUGCACCUGUUUUAUUUGUGAAAAAGAAGGACAGUUUUAUGAGACUCUGCAUCGAUUAUCGAGAGUUAAAUAAAAUCACCAUUCGGAAUCGUUAUCCGCUGCCUCGCAUAGAUGAUUUGUUUGAUCAGCUUCAGGGUGCCAAAUGUUUUUCUAAAAUUGAUCUGUGGUCUGGUUAUCACCAGCUAAAGAUCAAAGAUUCAGACGUGCCUAAGUCAGCUUUUCUCUUCAUCGACGAUAUUCUGAUAUAUUCUAAGAGUAAGGAAGAGCAUGAGGACCAUCUUCAUACAGUACUUGAGAUUUUGCGACAGAAGAAGCUUUAUGCAAAAUUCUCGAAAUGCGAGUUCUGGUUAGACCAAGUAGCUUUUCUUGGUCAUAUAGUUUCUGCUGAUGGUAUUUCUAUGGAUCCUUCUAAGGUAGAAGCAAUCACUAAAUGGCCUACCCCUACCUCAGUCACCGAAGUUCGUAGUUUUCUGGGUCUUGCAGGUUAUUAUCGUAGAUUUGUCGAAGGAUUUUCGACUAUUGCCUUACCUCUCACACAUCUUUUGAGAAAAGGGGUUAAGUAUUCUUGGAACGAAGACAGGGAGAAGAGUUUUCAGGAGUUAAAAAAAGAUCACAAAAGCUUGAAGUAUAUUUUUACGCAAAAGGAGUUGAACAUGAGGCAGAGACGUUGGUUAGAGUUGUUGAAAGAUUAUGACGCCAACAUUCAGUAUCACCCAGGGAAGGCCAAUGUUGUGGCUGAUGCUCUUAGUUGGAAGAAUUCUGGAUCGAUCUCUUCUCUUCAGUUGCAACCGCAUAUUCUCACUGAUCUCGACAGCUUGGAUAUUGGUAUCCAUUUUGGUGACACAAACGGUUAUCUGGCUAGAUUCCAGAUUGAACCUGAUUUGAUUUCUCGAAUCAAGAGUGCCUAG